AUGCCCUUCCCUAACAGCUCUGAGCUCAGCCCAUCCUCCUUCAUUUUGGCCAGUAUCCCAGGGCUGGAGGCUGCCCAUUUCUGGAUGUCCAUCCUCCUGUGCUCCAUAUACAUCCUGGAGGUCACCGGGAAUUGCGCAGUGAUGUUCAUCGUGAAGAUGGAGCCCAGCCUGCAUGCACCCAUGUACUUCUUCCUCUGCAUGCUGGCUGCCAUCGACCUGGCCUUGUCCACGUCCACAGUGCCACGCAUCCUCUCCUUCUACUGGUUCAACACCAGGGAGAUCAGCUUUGGUGCUUGCCUUGUCCAGAUGUUCCUCAUCCACACCCUCUCGGCCAUCGAGUCCACUGUGCUGCUGGCCAUGGCAGUGGACCGGUAUGUGGCCAUCUGCCACCCGCUGAGACACGCUGCCAUCCUCACCAACAGCAUGACAGCCAAGAUAGGGCUGGUAGCCAUGCCCCGGGGAGUCCUCUUCUUCCUGCCAUUGCCUUUGCUCCUCCUGCCCCUUCCAUUCUGCAGCUCCCGGAUGCUGUCACACUCCUUCUGCCUGCACCAGGAUGUGAUGAAACUGGCCUGUGCCAACACCACCCCCAGCGUGGUGUACGGCCUCACUGCCAUCCUGCUGGUCAUGGGGCUGGACGCCAUCCUCAUCUGCCUCUCCUACAUCCUCAUCCUCAAGGCUGUCUUGUGUCUGGCAUUGUGGAAGGAGAGGGUCAGGGUGUUCAGCACUUGCGUUGCCCAUAUCUGCGUGGUCCUGGCCUUCUACGUGCCCCUGAUCGGGCUGUCCGUGGUGCACAGGUUUGUGAAGGACCUGGCUCCGCUGGUCCACAUCAUCACGGGAAACGUCUACAUCCUUGUGCCUGCUGUGCUCAACCCCAUCAUCUAUGGGGUGAGGACCAGACAGAUACAGAGGAAGAUCCUGAGUUUAAUUCGUAUCUAUGACAGAACUGCCCAGUGA